UUGUUCAAAAGAGAAGUUUCUGAAGGAGUAGAAGUGGAAGACUCGAUCGAAGAAGUCAAUAUAAAAAGUGGAGUUGCAGAAACCCUGUUCGAAGGAGAUAUUCUCUUAACAAAGGAACAGAAAGAACAAAUUGCUCUGGAAGAAACACGCGCAAGAAGGCAAGCCUUCAACGUUAACGGAACUUGGCCUGCAAGAAAAUGGACAAGCGGAAUCACUUUCAUACUCGCCAAUGAUUUACACGAGAAAACCAAAACUGCCUUCGAGAAAGCAGCAAAGUUAUGGAUGGAGGACACGUGCAUUAACAUCACUGAAUUUCAGAUGCCACCUCGGGGGAAAGCCAGAUCAUCCGACGGCCUUCUCGUUGUACUAGGUGGAAAAAAAGGGUGCCAAUCAUAUGUUGGUAGAAAGGUGGACCCUGGACCACAAGACCUAUACCUCGGCGAUGGCUGUGAAACG